AUGAAUAGCAACGCGCAAAACCAUCGGGACCGACGCGCUGACGAGGAAACCCCGCUACUGGGAAAUGGUCGGUCUGGACCUGCAAAGGAUGCGGAUGAAGUCGGGCUCGGGACGAAGCUGAAGAAGCACUUUGGUGCCAAUGUGAGCAAGAAUUGGGCGGAUCUCGUCCUGCUGUUUUGCUAUGUUAUCACGGGGCUGCUUGACAGCUCUGCUGUCUUCAUCUGGGGCUCCUUUGUGAGCAUGCAGACAGGCAACACGGUAUACCUCGGUCUCGGUCUCGUCGCUCCCUCUGAAGGCAUACGCUGGGUUAAAGCGCUCACGUCCAUUGCCUCCUUCUGCGUCGGCUCGUUCUUUUUCGCACGCUUCCACCGCUUCCUUUCGCCACGCAAGCGCUGGGUCCUCGUUGCCUCAUACACCCUGCAAUGCCUGCUCAUUGUCCUCGCCGCUCUCAUCGUCACCUUCGGCCACGAUGAAUCCGACGACAAGGAGCGUCUGCACUGGCAGGUCCUCGUGCCGCUCGCUAGCGUCGCGUUCCAAUCGAGUGGACAAGCUGUCACGUCGAGGGUGCUCCAGUACGGCGGAUUGACGAGCGUGGUGCUCACGAGCAACUACUGCGAUCUCUUCUCCGAUCCGAACCUGAUCAAUGUGAACAACGUGGAGAGGAACAGGAGAGUGGCUGCGCCCGUCCUGCUGCUCAUCGGCGCCAUGUUCGGCGGGCUAUGGGCACAUAGCUCCAUUGGUCUUGCGGGCGCACUGUGGACGGCCGCUGCGUUGAAGGCCGUCGCUGUAUUGGCCUGGAUUUUCUGGAGCGCCGACCCCGAGGAAGCUUAG